AUGCCAAAAGCACCGGUGACUUCUUCCAGACGCGUUAGAUUCACGCCUUUUGCUAGCAGUGUAUCGCCUAGCAGUGGUGAGGAUAGUAGUGCGCCAGUUGCAGCUUCAGGCCAUGUGCGGCGCCGAUCGGACGAUGGGCGCGAUAGAUCGAGUCGAUCGAGAGCGGAAUCUAAUCAUGAGAUUGACCCCGUGAUUGAGAUUGAAGAUCUAGAGGACUACGAGAAUGAACGACGAUCUCCGGAUUUGGAAGAGUCUCCGCCCCCGCCUCCUACGGUAACGCAUUUGUUUAUCAAUAAUAAGCGUGUAAUGUCGAGGGCGAAGAAUUGGGGGAGUGUUUUGGACCCGGUGUCGCAGCGAUUGCUGUGCAGAGUGCCGACAAGCACACUUUUCGAGGUCCAGAGUGCAGUCGAUGCCGCGGAGGAUGCGCAGCCAGAAUGGGCAGCGCUGGGAUUUCAAACGAGAAGAGAACAUCUUCUGAGGCUAAUUGAUGUGCUGAGAGAAAUGUCUCCUGAGAUUGUAACCUGCCUAUCUCGAGAAGUAGGCAAAACGCUGGCGGAUGCAGACGCAGAGGUCUUCCGGGGAUUAGACUGUAUCCACGCCGCAUGUUCAGUUGGCCCUGAGAUGGCGGGCAUGUACCUCAACGACGUCACCUUGCUGCAAACCUUCUAUGAGCCGAUCGGAGUCUGCGUGACGAUCACCCCCUUCACCUUCCCGUUCAUGAUCCCUCUCUGGUCACUCCCGUAUGCGCUGAUAACGGGAAACACGACCAUCCUCAAACCAUCUGAACGAGCACCAACCACUUCAUCGCUUCUUGCAGAGGCUUUCCUCAGAACUGGAUUCCCGCCCGGUGUCUUCAAUGUUCUCCACGGCGGCCCAUCAACAGCAAUUCAGCUAAUCAACCAACCCUCUGUCCAAGCUAUCAACUUUGUUGGCUCUGAAACCGCAGCUAAGCAAGUGCACGAUACUGCCAGAUCUCUCGGGAAACGCGUCCAGGCCGAAUGUGGCGGGAAGAAUCACGGCGUGGUCCUCGAAGACGCAAAUAUGAUGCCAACCCUGUUUGCGAUCGCGGGAAGUGCAUUUGGCGCUGCAGGUCAGCGGUGCAUGGCUUUGAGUGUCGCUGUUUUUGUGGGGAGCACUAGAGAAUGGAUUCCGAAAUUGACCGAGUUGGCGAAGUCGAUGGUUGUUGGUUGUGGAGGGGAUCAGGAAUCGAAGAUCGGGCCGUUAAUCGACCAGGCGGCCAAGAAGCGAGUAGAUGCAAUCAUCCAGCGGGCAGUUGAGGAGAGGGCCACGGUUUUGCUGGACGGCCGAGAUGUGCAAGUGCCGGAUUAUCCGGAUGGCAAUUUCAUGGGUCCGACGAUUCUCACUGGAGUGGAGACAUAUAUGGAGUGCUAUCAGAUGGAGAUAUUUGGACCGGUGCUGAUAUGCAUGGAGGUUGAUACGCUGGAUGAAGCUAUUGAACUGAUCAAUCACAAUAAAUAUGGAAAUGGAUGCUCUAUCUUCACGACGAGUGGAAAACAUGCCAAUACGUUCCAGCGAAGGGUCAAUGUCGGCCAGAUUGGGGUUAAUAUCCCGUUGAUAGCGCCAUAUGGAACCGCCGUCCGCACAAGCAAUAAGGACUCUUUCCUCGGUGAUCGCCAUGCUCCUGGUAAAGCAUACUGGCCUUUUUUUACUGCAACGAAAACCGUGUCCUCAAGGUGGGAUCAAUAA